AUGCAGCUCUCAGAGACCGAGUGGCGCAUUGCAGCAGCUAUCCGCCUAGGCCUUCCUCUCCCUCACCUUUCAUCGUCACACACUUGCACCUGCAACUCCCCGUUCACCGAUGCUUCCAUCCCUUCUCACGUCCUCCGCUGUCCUAGCAACAACGAGCCUACCAAGGUGCACGACGCAAUCAAGCGUGAAGUUCAUCGCAUUGCCUUGGAGCUGGGGUUCUCUGUGCAAAUGGAAGACCAGCAUCUCCUGCCUGGCCACCGAACAGACAUCACGUGCCGCGACGUCAGCUCUGGUACCACCUGGGCCUUGGAUGUUUCUGUUGCCGAUCCUCAAAACGGAUUUCCGCAUUCCAACGCAGCUACUGUAAUCAGAUCAGCAGCAGCCACUCGUGAAAGUGAGAAGACAACCCACUAUGCUUCAGUACCCCGGGACCCUCCAGACGUCGAACUCUUUCCCUUCGUCAUCGAAACUUUCGGUUGCUUCGGCACUUCAUUCAACGACUUCCUUCGCCAAUGCAGCCGUAAAGGGGCGUCACAACUUCGCGACCUGAGUGGUGCCACAGAUUCCCUUCCCCAGCUCUUUGAGACCAACUUCUACAAGCCAAUGUUUUUGCAUCCUCCCUUCCCUUUCCCGUCCCUCCCACCCUUCCUUUCAUCACUCACCCCCGUCCCUCCCCUCCUCGCUUCCCUGACCUAUUCCCUCUCCCUGCCUACCCUCCUCUCCCUCCCCUUCCCCACCCUCCGCUCCAUCCCCUUCCUCUCCCUCCUCUCCCUCGCCCUCUUCUCCCUCCACUCCCUCCUCACCCUCACCACCCUCCUCUCCCUCACCCUCACCACCCUCCUCUCCCUCGCCCUCCACUCCCACCUUACCCUCAUCUCCCUCUGA